UGCACAUCAUCAUAAUGAAAAUUCUAAUAUUGGUACUCGCGGUCCAUUCUUGCACUUUCCGGGUCAAUUGCGCAUGUAAAUCAAGCGAGUUUUCCAUUUUCGGCUGGUUCUUUUGAAUAAUUUUUCGUUUCUCCGAUUGCCGGCUACCUUGAAAGAUCUCUUUUUUUACAAGGGUGAACUCGCUUGGAUUCAAUAUGGCGGACAUGUCCAUGGUAGAGAUUUUAAAAACUUGGCACGAAGGUGUUUCUCUUAUGGAAAAAGGAAAUUUUCAGGACGCUCUAAUGAAUUUUAUUGCGUUAGAGGGAAGAACUGACUCGUCGCAAACUUUAAUCACUUCAGGAAGAAAUCUUUUCAACAUUGGUCAGACGUACCGCGCGCUUGGAAACCUUGACAGGGCUGCAAAGGUAUUGAACUGUCUGUGACAGUCAUUUCGUGACUUUUUGGUAGAAUACUUAUAUAGAACCUUUAAUCAUGUCACGAUAUUUUGAUUUCAAUAGAGUCUCCGUUUAAAAAGUUAAGCUUAUAUCUUUGUAGCCUGAUGGGUUUUAUUUACUCCCUUGGAAUUGCAAACAAAGUACAAGAAUGAAUGGAAAGUUUUGAUAACUUUUUAUAUCCAUUUUUGUUGUGGCAUGAUUGUUUAUUUGCGAAGGUGGAGGGAUUAAGCCUACCCGCACUUAAGAAACAAAUAAAUAUAUAAUAAACAAGAAGAUAAUGAUUAAAAUCAAUAUAACAUAACAUGUUAUGUUAAAAAAUGCAUAUAUAAUAUAUAUAUAUAUAUAUAUAUAUAUAUAUGUAUAAAUUUGAUAGGAAUAACAAGAAUAAACAGAUCAAUAAACAAGAACGUUUUUUCUGUAUAACUAAAACAGGGUCUUACCACAGAAACAUUUGAAAAAUUUACUUAAAAGUAGUCAAAUUUUGAAAUUUAAAAAAAAGAGAAAAAUAGGUGGUAAAAUUCCAACAUGUUUAUUUUGCAUUUUUAUAUCAGUGAUCUGCAUUUGUAAGGUUCUAGACCAGGACUGUCUUAGAUACUUCCAUUUCACUAUCUGUACUUUUGUUUUGCCCUGCUGUCUUGAUUAAGUAAGGUCUUCACCGGUAUCCAUUUACAUUGCAUGUUUUGCAUGGUGGGAAUGUUGACAUGGAUAUAUGAGGAUUAGUGAUUGUCUGAAAUUCACUGGUCCUAUUCAGGCCUAGGUUCACCUGGAUGAUCAUGCUCAACCUACUUAUUUUAUGUGUUGCCUAAUUUGGACUGCAGAGCUCGACAUUGCGACCUGUGGCCAAUGUGACCAGCUUUUACUCAGUGGCGACUAAAUUUUCAUGCCUGGUCACCAACCUGGCCCCCAACAUAGGUGACUUUCUUCUCUGGGAAAACAUACACUAAUGAUAAUCUGUUAUCCUUUACAAAACUAACAGAUAGCUUGGGGUUUUUGUAACUCUCUAACGUUUUGCCCAAACGCUCUAACAGUUUGUCCAAACCCUCUAAUGAUUUUUCUAAACGCUUUAACAAUUUCUUCUAAUACUCUAACGGAUUGUUCUUAUGAUCUAACAGUUGGUCCAUCUAACGUUUAACUUUUACUUGAAAGAGGCUUGUGAAGAUCACUAGUAAUGAAUUCGACAGAAGUCUUAUCGACUUUCGGGCAAAUCCAUGGCAAUUCUUAAAUAUAAUUUUUGGCGACUAGAAUACCAGUUCUGGCGCCCAAAAAUGAAAACUUGGGGGUGGCUGGCCCCAAGAUUUUUUUCUGAAAGUCCAGCACUGGACUGGCCAGCCAAGAUUAGCUCUAGCUACCUGCGGGCCAGUGCACUUUUGUAAAACUUGAUUAUAAGGAAAAUAAAAAUUAUUCUUGUUGUUGUUGUUUGAAAUAGAAGCUUUUUCCAAUAUAUUUUGAAAUUAAAUGUGGAAACAAAUUAUAUGUUGAAACAUUAUGUUUUCUAUUUUAAUAAGCAUUUUAAAUAUUCUAUGCUCUCUGUGAAUUUUGUAAUAAAUUCCAGGCAUUUGAAGAGUCAGUGGAUAAGGACAAGAUGCUCGCAGUUGGUCAUUUUAUGCUGGGGAAUGUCAGUCUAGCUUUGAACAGGUAAUUUAUUUGCCAGUGCUCUGAUUUUAGAGAUCAUCAUGAUCAUCAAUCAUCACCAUCAUAUCUCUGCAACACUGAAGGCCCAUCACACUGUUUUCUAGCCCCCCCCCCCCCCCCCCCCACCCUCUCCCUUCCUAAUUACGGGGAUUUGAAGAGUCCGUGGGAAAGGAAAAGGUGGUCCCAGUUGGUCUUUUUUUUCUGGGGAAAGUCAGGUUAGCUUUGUACAGGGAAAUUUUUUGCCAGUGCUCUGUUUUUAGAAAUCAUCAUGAUCAUCAAACACCCCCAUCAUAUCUCCGCAACACUGAAAGGCCCUCCCCCCGUUUUUUAACCCCCCCCCCCCCCCCCACAGCUUGUUCAUUUUAGGGCCCUGUAUACUUUCGAAACAAAGGGCCUGGAGGGAAAACGUCCUGAGUGGCUCUUCAGCUCAUGUAAAAUCCAGCCUUUUUUACAAGCAAAUCAUGAAGCAAUUUGGUAGGAGAAUGGGGCAGUUUAUAAGAGAUCACUCUGUUAUUUGGUCAGAUCAAUAUUAUUGAUUAUGAUUAUGAUUAUAUGUGGUUGAGGUAAUUUUCAAGCAUAGAAAUCAUACCUUGCUGUGAAAGCAUUUGAGGAGAAUCAAAGCCUUUUAUGUGUGCAGGUUAACAUGUACUUACCAUGGAAUCUCUGUAGAUGCAGGCUCAUUAUGAGCUCUGAUUUUGGCAUAUUCUCAAUUUUUUGUUCCAAAGAAAAGUAGUUUCACUUAUUCCAUGACAAUUGAAUCACAAUAUUUUUUAAUAAUAAUAGUACCAAAAGUUAAGUGAUUAUAUAUAACUUUCUAUUAUGUGACUUACGUUUUCCUCUUAUGUCCAGGAAUGAAGAUGCAUUGGAGAGCUUCAAUAAUGCUAAUUUCUAUCUUCGUGGUAACAAACUGAUUAAUUACCAGCAACUUGGGUUGAAAUACAAACUAUACUUGUGUGAGGUAAAAUAAUAAACAGUUAUCCCUUGGAAUGAAUGUACAUUAUACUGUCAGGCAACUUGUUUUCAGGAUCUUUCAUCUUUUGGUUUUUACAGCUUCAGCUUCUUACAUAUUUGUGAGAAAAUGGUUCAAUACUUUCCUCAUGAUAGCAAUUUUCCUUGCUUCUCUUAACGAAUGUUUAAGAAGUCUGAGGAGGUCAAAAAAAGGUUACAAUAACUAACCUAUUUCUUGUCUGCUUAUAUUUGUUAAGAGCUAUUGUCUGUGAGAAUGUACAGUCUUGUAGACUACAGAAAGUAAAUUAUUUGCAAUUUGUCUUUUUCUGUUUCUCAUGUGUUAGAAAUGGACAUUAAAAACUUUCAAUGUUCUUGUAAUUAACAAAUAGACAACAAUUUUCCAUUGUCCAUACUCUUAUAGAAAUGAUGUCAAAAUCGCCAAAACUUUGUGACGGAAGUUUAAUUAUUUUUGUCCUAGUUGAACACUUUAAGCCCUUGAAUGAAACCUUUCUUGUUGACAGAUUUUGGCCAACAGAGCCAUCUCACAUGCCAGGCUAGGUCAUGUCCAGGAAGCCAGAGAUGAUUUUUUAAAUGCACUACAGUCUAAGGUGGAGGCGCGGCAUUGUAUUAUUGAAGAUUCUCUUCUGUGUUGGCAGGUACACUGUAGACGUUUUUUAAAAUUGUUUCAAAAACUGUAAAAUUGUAGUUGUAAACGAAGGUGCUUGAAAGGAAUUUUGCAGGUGCAAAUAAAGAGAAGCAAAGAACAUAAAGGUAGAAAGGAUCACUCGGCUUAAAAACAAGAUCAAAUUUCCAAUUUGGCCCUUUGACACUUCUUAGUAGUGGCUACGAACAGGUCCAAUUUAAUUCCAAAAAAAUCUCAAUUUCAUUUCCAAGAUCCCCCAAAAUAAAAUUCUACUGUGCAAAAGUACCCUUUUUUUAAAAGUACCUUUAAAGAGACAGUCUUCAUUUGAAUGGUUACACCCCAACCCACUCCUCCUCAGCCCCUGGAGUGAGAGAGAGAAAUGGAGCCAAGUAGGAAAGGACACUGGGAAUGACGUUGGGUCACGCCCCAGGAUUUCUUUGUAAAAUACUAGGAAAAAAAUAUUUUAGUGUAAAAGUUAUACUUACUCCUGGUUCUUUUUUGUCAUGAACAGGCUGGAGAGAAUGUAGAACCUUUACAGGUGCCGUCACAUGCAGUCUUUCAGCCACCAAGAAAACAAGUUGAAGCCAUCAAAGAUAAUCCCAAUUUCUUAGGAAAAUCAAAGGUACAGGUGUAAGUUAGAGAAACAAGCUGACACCUUUUAGUUUUUCAAUAUAACUUUGUUCUAUUUAUUAAAUUUAGAUUAAGGUCUGGAAGGCUGGGGGAUCCUGAGGGGUAAUCCCUAUAAUGCCCUAUAUGGGGAAAUUCCGCCUGAAAGAGGUGCCUUUUUUAGUCUUCUGGUCAGUAUGAAAGGGUAGGGAUUUGUGUUGCAGUGUACGAAAAGGAAGAGAAAACUGUCAUUUCGGGCGUAAAAAGGCCCAAAGGGGCUAACAGAUGCAUUUAUGGCUGUGAAAGAGAGAAAAAAAUUCCUGAUUUAGUGAUUUAAUCAUAUUGAAAAGAAGGUGCAUUUACAGCAGUUAUAGUGGAUGCAAAGUUCUAAACUAGGUAACUAUGUGAAAGGGGUACCAUUUGUCAGUAGGGGGUUUACAAAAGAGGUACAAGAAUGGUAUACUGUAUAAUAGGGUAAGGGAUUGGACUGUCCCCAUAUAAAAGUUCUUAAGAGUACCCCCGGUAAAAGAGUAAGAAGAAAAAAAAGAAGAAAAAGAAAGGCAAUGAGAGGCAUGUUUAUUUUCUUGUUCUUUCAGGUUGUUGCUGCCCAUGAACCCUCUAAGUUUCCUGAAACAAGGAGCAAGGUAAGUACUGUCACGCAACAGAUUAAUGCAUACAUGAAUGUGUGACAAACGAACCCCAAAGGACGUCUGCAGGGAGGCUAACAUCAUGUAUGAUAAUUUUUUGCACAGCGCUCGGGUAAUUGUCCCAACUUCCUAGUGUCUUGUCGACUUUACUUAGUAGUAGGAGAAACUGUGCUUUUUUUAUGAUGCAGACACCCCCAAAAGAAAAACAAUAUGAACUAUUUUAAGUGACACAUUUUUAUCAAUUAACUUUUGGGUAAUUUUGAUUUUAUUUCCUUUCUUCAGCCCCCUGCCUCUCCGUCUUCCCCCAGAAAAAUUGAAGAUGAACAACCUCCAACGGUAGAUGGAAAAGUAAGUUUGCAAAUUAUCGCGUGUGUACACUGAUUUUGCAUUUACUUUUGGAGAGGGAAUAGCCUCUCCUAUGUGCUCCCUGCGAAAUAAAGUGUGAGCUGUUUGCAGGACAAGACAGUACAUUCUCUUCAGUUACAUCAAUACCGGAAGUAAAAAUUGAUGCAGUCCCAGGGAUUGAACUUGUAACCUUUGCUCUUCAGGCCAGCCCUUGAUCAAAGGAGCUAACCCUACGGCGGUUUAAAUUACAUGUCUUGUUUAAUCUGCCUGUGCUUCGUAAGUGAAACCCCCGGGGGCACUUAAGGUAAGUUAGGGUAGGGGUGUGCCGCGUUGCCUGCGAACUGCAGACGUAUUUCCGGAGGGAGAGAAGCGACGACCGGAAAUACGUCUGCAGUUCGCAGGCUAUGUGCCGCCGAACCACAAAGUAAAAAUUAUGGAAUUAGAUUUUUUGGAAAAUAUUUGCGGUUCCACAAAUCGAAACCGCUCAUUUCAAGACUUUAAACAGUGAAACUGUAUAACUCUGUUUAAGACUCAACAACCUGAAAACCAUACCCUGUUCAGAAGCACAUACCUGUCAUGGCCAAAUAAAGGAGUGCCCCUCCCCUACCCCCGCUCGGGAGUAAAACUAGAUUGAACGACUGGGAAAGUAGAUACAGGGUGGCAAAGGGGUGGGGGUUGGGGGUAUCUAUCACGCAUCACGCCGCUUUUUUAAAGCUAUCUCGCAUCACGGAAAAAUGAAAUUAAAAAUUAACUACAUUAACAUUUACAAGUGUGCCAUUAUCAGUUGAUCUGACAAAAUCAGAGGUGGAGGAAAGAGAAAAAAAAGGCAAGAGGUUGGUGCCAUCUAUUUCUAAUGUUUCUGCUUCAAGUUUCAAAUGAUAUUAACCUUUGCGGAAACUUCAAAGGAAAAUCACGCGUCACGCAUUGUGAAAAUAGUAAAUCACGCAUGAGGCCGCUACGCCUAAUCACGCCUGACGGGGCGAAUUUGGGCCCUAUCACGCAUCACACUGAUAACUUGUGACCCAUCACGCGUCACGGAAAACCCCUUUGCUACCCUGUAGAUAUUGUUAGGGUAUUGAUAUACGGGAUUUUAGAUAUAAAACGAGCCGUAUCCUUUCUAACGAGUCUAAGAGACAGCAUAUUGUUAGCUCCACCAUUACUUUGAGUGAGAUGUUUAAUUAUGUCUUGUUACAAUACUUCUCUAUUGCUCACAGAAGGUAAUUUUCUUCGUGUUGUUCUUAGGCGACAGGGAGAAGGGCUUUGAUGAACGCUUUACGUGACGGUAACACUCGCAAAUCUCUCAAACGUGUCUCCACUCCGCCAGAGCCGCCAAACAAGCCCGUCCCUACCCCCCUAGAACCCCCCAACAGGCCGCUACCGAUCCUCCCUGAAAGACCAAGUAGCCCCCGUCGUCCUCCACCUUCGCCUCGGUCCCAGCACAAACUGAGUUACUCUCCAACGCCUAUGAUGGGCAGUGACUCUCGAUCACCAUUGACUCGAAGGCGGGUUGUUAGCGCUCCACCAGGUAGCCCUGGUACAGAGAAACGCUCGUCUGUUGGUUUAACCCCUCCUGAUAAGCCGUUACCCCCUGCUCCUAAAAAGAGUCCGCUUCCACGUCGUAAAAUAUCCGAACCAGUGCAGUUUCGCAAGGGCCGUGACGCCACCGUGACCGUUCAGUUGGUUCUUACACGCUCCAUUAAAGUUGAUGAAGCGGCUUCUACCCAAGACCUGGUUCGUGCCNAUAUAAAACGAGCCGUAUCCUUUCUAACGAGUCUAAGAGACAGCAUAUUGUUAGCUCCACCAUUACUUUGAGUGAGAUGUUUAAUUAUGUCUUGUUACAAUACUUCUCUAUUGCUCACAGAAGGUAAUUUUCUUCGUGUUGUUCUUAGGCGACAGGGAGAAGGGCUUUGAUGAACGCUUUACGUGACGGUAACACUCGCAAAUCUCUCAAACGUGUCUCCACUCCGCCAGAGCCGCCAAACAAGCCCGUCCCUACCCCCCUAGAACCCCCCAACAGGCCGCUACCGAUCCUCCCUGAAAGACCAAGUAGCCCCCGUCGUCCUCCACCUUCGCCUCGGUCCCAGCACAAACUGAGUUACUCUCCAACGCCUAUGAUGGGCAGUGACUCUCGAUCACCAUUGACUCGAAGGCGGGUUGUUAGCGCUCCACCAGGUAGCCCUGGUACAGAGAAACGCUCGUCUGUUGGUUUAACCCCUCCUGAUAAGCCGUUACCCCCUGCUCCUAAAAAGAGUCCGCUUCCACGUCGUAAAAUAUCCGAACCAGUGCAGUUUCGCAAGGGCCGUGACGCCACCGUGACCGUUCAGUUGGUUCUUACACGCUCCAUUAAAGUUGAUGAAGCGGCUUCUACCCAAGACCUGGUUCGUGCCGCGGCCAGUACUUUUAGGCUUUCUGAGGAUUCGUUUGCAUUGUGGUAAGGCGAUUUCUAUUUUUGAUUAACCCACCUUCCCCCCUUGCAAUUAAGAGGAACUGAAGUGUACAAUUUUAGCAGUUACUCGUUCUAUAUAUCUUGACAUUAUCAUGCUAUGACUGAAACUCUUAUCUAGCCUGAGCUAAAAACAGCAAAAGGCCUAGCAAACAUUUCGCGAAGCCACCUCUUGAUUUGCCGUGGGCAGAAAUUCAAUACUGAUGACUUGUCACUACCCAGAUCUGGGUAGUGCUACUGAUUGGUCGUGCCGCGUGGGAAAUUUGCCUCAGCCGAUCAGGAGCACUUCCCAGAUCUGGGUAGCAACGCGUCAUCAGAUUGGAAUUACUGCGCCCGUUCCUCAGACGUCAUUUCGCGGGGAAACCAGUGAUGUUGUCGCAAAUUGUUGGCUGUUUUCUCGGGGCUAACUCUUAUCAGGUUUUAAGCCCUAAGGUGCCGUACGGUGGUGGAAGUAUUUAAGGUGUAAAUUGCGCCAGCAAGAAAUUUUAUUUUUCCUAUUUAUUAUUCUAGGUGUAUGAGAAAUGGCCAGCUUUCUGCCCUUCAAGAUAAAGAUCUAGAGGGAAUUCUUAACUCCCCAGCAAACAACAUGGAAACUAUUUACUGCUACGAAAAUAAACCUCAGUAAUGUUUUGAUAACUAAUUUACUUACAGGAAACUAUUAAGUAAUUUUUCUACUUGGUAAUGUAACGCUGUGAACCGCGCAUUUUUCUG